AUGGGCGUCAAAGGCCUGUGGACGCUCCUCGAGCCCGCGGGUCGACGCGUGAACGUCGAGGCGCUGCAGGGGCGAAAGGUGGCGGUCGACGCGUCCAUCUGGCUCGUGCAGUUCGUCAAGGCGAUGCGCGACGAGCGCGGAGACAUGCUCCCGAACGCGCACCUCCUCGGGUUCUUCCGGAGAAUUUGCCGGCUGCUCUACCAUCGCAUUCGCCCGGUGUUCGUGUUCGACGGCGCGACGCCAGUCCUCAAGUACAACACGACGCGCGCUCGGCGACGCGUGCGCGAUAACGACCAAGCGCGGAUGAAGCGCACCGCGGAGAAGCUUCUGCUGAACACCAUGAAAGCGUCCGCGCUGAAGCAAGCGCUGAACGCG